AGAAUCAACUCGAGGGCAACAGGUUUUACAUGUCUCAGUGUAAGACUCAGGCAUAAACUGGGGCCCCAUGAGUGGUGGGUAAUAGAGUUUGCACUUGUGUUGUCUGCCUCAUUUAUGCCAGCAAAAAUAAGGCUCAAAAUGUUAAUGAAUAUAUUUGCUAUGUGCUUAUGAGUGAGCCUUACAUAUAAUUGCUGUUGUCAGCUUUGUAAGUAAUGGAAAGUAGGGAGGGAAAAUCAUGAGAAUUAUUAUCAAAGAAAAAGUCCCAAAGUAUAACCUUGGCACCAAAGGAAAGUCAUGAGGGUACUGACCAUAUGGAAACUCUUCUUGCAUUACCACAUCAUGGUCUCCAAAGCCAUGUUGGUGAACUUUGGGAAGUCAGCCACCAUCAUAAUACAGUUCCUGCUGUGUUUUAGGUAACAGUAGGAAUUGAUUGCCCUCUGACAUGUCAGCACCUUGGUGCCUAAGCAAACAACUACCCAGUUAGCGGGUCUCUAGGCCCCUUUCUUCUCAGCUAGUUAAUGCUUCUGUUUAGCAGUGGGAUGGAGGUCUGUUUUCCCACGGAUCUGUCCAAUUUGCUCAUUACUAGCUCUGAUUUGCUGGGGUUGGAGGUUGAAAUAAAAUUUAGAGAUUCACUCUGGGUUUUAUGAAGUCACAAACUGGUAUCCCUCAUCAGCAAAGUCACUAUUGUAAGGAUGUAUGUCAGUAAGUAGCCUUUCUCUCCACAGGAUUAUCUUAUCUUUUUUUAAAAAAAGGCAAAUCACUGAAAAGUAUUGUUAAUAAUAGUCUUCAUUAGCAAACAGUACCCGGAGCUAAUUUGGAGAAGGGCGAAGAGUAGAACCAGUUUUUUAUACAUAUUAUUAUCUCAUUUGGCCCUAUAACAACCUUGUAAGGGAAGCAGGUUAAUUACAGCUAGAAGACUCCCUAUAGGAUGGUGCAUGACCCUCAGUAUGUGUAGACUACAGCUUUUUUUAGGAGAGAGUAAGUAUAGUACCAGAUACAAAGUGCUCAUGGUAUAUGUGGUUUAUGUUGUAAGAGUGCCACAACUCUGCCACUUGUGAAAUAAGACUGAAUUAUUGUCUGUUUCAGGUUGUGUGAGCCAUGUCUAUGACUAGUGUCAGAUUGCCUGCUGGUGUUUUAAGAAAGCCAGAUGCCUGGACUGGACUCUGGGGAGCGCUCCGGGGGACACCUUCAUACAAACUCUGUGCUUCCUGGAAUCGAUACGUAUAUUUUUCUAGUACCAAGUUAAAUGCAUCAAAUUAUAAAACACUUUUCCAUAAUAUUUUCUCACUGAGACUCCCAGGGCUUUUAGUAUCUCCAGAAUAUGUUUUUCCAUUUUCCAUAAGACUCAAAAGUAAUAUAAGCUCUAAAAAAUCCACUAAAAAGACUCUGCAGAAAGUGGAAGCUGAAGAUGACUCUGAUGAAGAGAGUGAUCACAGUGAGAUAAAUGAGCAGGAACAGGAGCUCGAGGAUGACCCGAGUGUGGUCAAAGACUAUAAAGACCUGGAAAAAGUUGCACAGUCUUUACGAUAUGAUGUUAUCCUGAAGACGGGUCUAGAUGUUGGAAGAAACAAAGUGGAAGAUGCAUUCUACAAAGGUGAGCUCAGGCUGAAUGGGGAAAAAUUAUGGAAGAAAAGCAGAACGGUGAAAGUGGGAGAUACAUUGGAUCUUCUCAUUGGAGAGGAUAAAGAAGCAGAAACAGACACAGUAAUGCGAAUUCUCCUGAAAAAAGUGUUUGAAGAGAAGACCGAAAGUGAAAAAUACAGAGUGGUGUUACGGAGGUGGAAGAAGUUAGAGUUGCCUAAGAAGAGUAUGUCUAAAUAAAUGGAUUGCUUUGUAGAGAGAAAGCUGCUUUCUAGUGGUGGGGGAAGGGGGCAGCUUAAAUGAGGACACUUUUAUUAAAAUAAAGUUCUCUUACCAUUUGUGGACUCUGCCGAGCCAUUUUGUGGAAAUUGGGAUCCAUACCUUGGAGAUACUCCCAGUGGCCUGGGUUUCCCUCGUGGUCUUGGUCAGGCUCAUUUUUACCUCAUCAGCAUGAGAACUGUGCCCAGAGUGAGAUGUGGGCCGAAUGAACUGAACCCAGAGAGUUUAAUGACUUGCCUGCUGUUUCCCACAUUAACUACCUCACAGGUCAUUGUAAAAUAAACUGGCCUUCUUGU